AUGCCAGCCGUAAUCCCCACCAAGUCGGCAGCGAAGCGCACGGUCGCCGAGUGCGAUGCGAUCAUGACGGCGCCGGGCUCGCCGUUCGAGAUGAUUGACAAGGUCAUCGACGGGCGCCCGUACAAGGCGUGGAAGCAUAACCCAGACAACUUCCGGCAGUUCCUCACGCCGCUGUUCCAGGAGUGGAAGGACCGCGUGUUCGUCUCGUCCCCGCUCCCCGAGCCGGCGGAGUACGACGACCGCGAGCACGUCACUUAUGGCCAGCUGUGGGACCGCGCCGUGCAGUGCGGGGCGUGGCUGCGCUCCAAGGGCGUGGUGUACGGCGACCGCGUCGCCGUCGGUGGCGGCAACACGACGGGCUGGAUCGUGACGUGGCUCGCCAUUCUUCUUAUUGGUGGUUCGCCCGUCCUGCUUAACGCCACACUCACGGACGAUGCCCAGAUCCACUGCCUCGCCGUGUGCACGCCCAAGCUUGUGCUCGUCGACGUCAAGAUGGCGCAGCAGCUCGCCGGCCUCACGACCGAGCUCAAGGCCAAGAAUGUCGGCCCCGUGUACUGUUGGUCGAGCGUCGCGCAUCUCGACCAGCUGGUGCGCGACAAUGUUGGCGAGAUCGACGCCGACAAGGUCUCGCCGCAGCUCGUGCAGGAUGUGAUUACCGGGCGCGGUGUCGAGAAGCUCAACGGCGACAGCGACGGCAUCAUCUUCUUCACUUCGGGAACCACCGGGUACCCCAAAGCCGUGCUCUCGACGCAGUGGACGCAGCUGCACGUCGUCAUCUCAGGCAUCGUGCCGCUUGUCCGCGCAGUCCUCCGCGCCGGCGGCAGCCUCGCUGACCUCGCGGCGCUCAUGCCCACGGAGCAGUCAACGUCACUGCUCUCCAUCCCGCUCUUCCACGCGACGGGCUGCCUCUCGAUCCUCGUCGCGGCGAUCAAGAGCGGCAACAAGCUCGUGUUCCAGCGCCGCUGGUCGGUCGCCGACGCCGUCAAGCUCAUUACGCAGGAGAACGUGCAGUCGAUCGGUGGCGUGCCCGCCAUCGCGACGGCAAUCCUCCAGUCGCCCCUCUUGCCGAAGGACCACCAGUUCACGUCUGUAGGCUACGGCGGCGCGCCGCCCGCCAAGCGCCUGGCCGGCGAUCUGAAGAAACGCUUCCCGAACGCCAUGCUCGGCCACGGGUGGGGCAUGACGGAGACGAACGCGCCGCACUGUUCCGUCCUGGGCCAAGACUAUGUGGAGCGGCCCACGAGCAUCGGCCCCGUCCUCCCGAUCUGCAAGAUCAAGAUCGUGGAUCCCGAGACGCGCAAGGAGCUGCCGCAGGGCGAGGCGGGCAUCAUCCUCGCAUACGGCCCCAACAUCAUGAAGGAGUACCUCAACAACCCGAAGGCGACGGCCGAGGUCCUCGUCGAAGGGUGGAUGGACACGGGCGACGUCGGGAUGAUCGACCCCGACGGGUUCGUGCACCUCUCCGACCGCCACAAGGACAUCAUCAUCCGCGGCGGCGAAAACAUCGCGUCGCUCGAGGUCGAGAACGCCGUCGCGCAGGACGACCGCAUCGCCGAGGUCGCGGCCGUGUCGGUGCCGGACGACAUCCUCGGCGAGCUCGUCGGUGUGGCCGUCUCGCUUGCGCCCGGGGCCCAGGCGACCGAAGCAAGCAUCAUCGAAAAGGUCACCCCGCACAUCCGAUACCCCGCGCGCCCUGUCAUCGUGCUCAUCCUCGACGAGCCCUUGCCCCGUAACGCCAACGGCAAGAUCGUCAAGGCUGACGUCCGCAAGCUUGUGCGCGCCGCGUAUGCCGAGAAGAAGGCGGCGCCGCGCGCCAAGCUGUAGAUGUGUGGUGUGGGAAUUCAGGGGGUACAUGGGCUACAGUCGAGAGUAUGUAUGUUCAGAAGGUAGAUCGGAUGCGAUAGUUUGCAGGUGGCAUGGGGUGUGACGAUCGUCCUCGCCUCGGCGGACUUAUCCCAGGUCACAUCAACGGCCAACCGCCGAGCGUCUCAAGUUCGAUCAUGAUAUCGUCCGUGAUCUCCUCCCGGACCAAAGUGACGCCCUGUGGCAGCUCGUUGUCAGGCGUGGACGCCGCUCACCGUCGACAGCUUCAGACUACGGUGCAACGGCUCCGUGCCAGUGUUCUGAGACCUAUGGAAUCUGGCGGUUAUCCGCCUCGUCAGCGACGUCAAAUCAUCCGUGAUGGCAGAUAUGGCAGUAAACGAUCUCAAGCCCCCCCCCUUUCUCUUUCGGGCACACGCUUAUCAUAG